AUGGAGAAGUUAAAUUCCAGUAUGCAUUCUAAAUUAUCGGAAUGUAUGAUCGAACGAUUACGUCACAAAAAAGUAUUCACCGUUAUCGAUUUUAUACGCGAAGAUCAAGACAAAUUGAGAACCGCAACAGAUCUUUCGUUUAAGGAAGUGAUGGAUAUUAAGAAAAUUCUUACAGAGAAAUUUGGUGGAGUUGUGAAGAAACCUUCGAAUUUGUGGAAAUUAGAACAAUUAAAUACAAUCUGCACCAAAAUAAAGAGUUUGGAUGAUUUACUGGGAGGUGGUUUAAAUCCUGGUCAAAUAUAUGAAAUAUGUGGUAUAUCUUCCUCUGGAAAAACACAAUUGUGUUUAACAAUUGCAAGUAAUAUUGCAUUAUUGCCUAAUAACGUUGUGAGAUACAUCGAUACCAAAGGAGAUUUUUUUGCCUCCAGGGUAGAAACAAUUUUGAAUCAUAAAACCAAUAACGAAGAGGAAAUUAACAGAGCAAUGGAGCAGAUAAGAGUUACUUUGAUACGAGAUCCUAAUAAAUUACUUGAUAUUCUACGACGUAUGAUAAAUAUUCUAAAACAAGAGGAUGAUAUACGCACUAAAGCUUUAAUUAUUGACUCUUUACCUGGAAUAAUUUUUAAAUUUUCUAAGGAACCAGAAAUCAAUAUUACUUUAAAUCACUUAUCAAACUUAUGUCGAUUUCUAGCAAAUGAAUUUUAUAUACCUAUUAUUAUAGUAAAUUUAACAACUCAGUGGACACCAUUAAGCGAUAAAAGCAGUGGAUCUGCAACAAAAGAAACACAAACAUUAGUAAAUCCUACAUUAGGAAAAUAUUGGUUACAUAUACCCAGUACAAGAUUAUUGAUAGAAAAAUUAAAUAAUGAUUACAGAAAAAUUACUGUUUGGAAAAGUUUCCAAAUUAAAAUGGAUUCUGUAUGUAGUGUUAAGUUAAGCGAAGCCGGUGUUACAUGAGCGACUUGUAAUUUAUAAAAAAUACAUUGGUAAUUGCAUAUAAAA